CCCCGAGGUGGGUGAAUGCUUGCCCUUCCGCACACGACAGCCAUCAUCCCCUCUGUUCAGUGAGAUUUUUGGCCUAACAUCCAUCUUUUGCUGAGUCGCAGGACCAUCUCAAGCCACCUUUCAGCAGCAUUGUCUACCUUUCAUCUGCAAAGAGGCAUUCGAAAGUCGCUCUCAUCCUCGCUUUCAUCCUCUGUGCUACCUGACCCCCGAGCACGUCUCUUCACCAUGUCCCAAUCCGCUGUUCUCGGUUUCCCCCGCAUUGGCCCUCUGCGUGAGGUCAAGAAGGCCAACGAGGCUUACUGGUCCGGCAAGAUCUCUUCUGAGGAGCUCUUGAAGGUCGCCAAGGAGCAGCGUCUCUUGACUUACCAGACCAUCAAGGAGCAAGGUGUGGAUGUGAUCCCCACCGGCACCUUCUCCCUGUAUGACCAUGUGCUUGACAUUUCCAACACCUUUGGCAUUGUGCCCGAGGCUUACGCAAAGUCUGGAUUGAGCGCCCUCGACCAGUCUUUUGCCAUGGCCCGCGGUCACCAAAAGGGCGGCGUCGACUUGCCUGCGCAGGAGAUGCAAAAGUGGUUCGACUCCAACUACCACUACAUCGUCCCCGAGUUCACAGAGUCAUCUGCCUUUGCCAUCAAGGACACCAAGCCCAUCGACGAUUUCCUGGAGGCCAAGCAAGCUGGCUACAACGCUCGUCCCGUGCUCGUCGGCCCCCUCACCAUCCUCGCGAUCGGCAAGGUCGGCGCUGACGCCAAGUCCGAAACCUUUGACCGUUGGACGCUGCUCCCCAAGCUCGCCGCUGUUUACGGCGAGCUCCUUGCCAAGCUCUCCGAGGCUGGCGCCGAGUGGGUGCAGAUCGAUGAGCCUAUUCUCGCUCUCGACGCCGGUGCAGACUUGGCGUCUGAAUUCAAGCAGACCUACGAGACUCUCGCAAAGGCUGCUCCCAGCAUUAAGGUCCUUCUCGCGACCUACUUUGGACGUGUCGGCAACACUGUCAACUUCCUGAAGGAUCUGCCCAUCGCUGGUCUCCACGUCGACCUGGACCGCGCUCCCGAGCAGCUCGAUGAGGUCCUCUCCGCGUUUGCAAGCACCAAUGUCGUCAUCUCUCUUGGUCUCGUCUCUGGACGCAAUAUUUGGAAGACUGACCUCAGCGCUGCUCUUCAAACCGCGCAAAAGGCUGUUUCUGCUCUCGGAGGGGAUGCCAAGCGAGUCAUCAUCUCGUCCAGCUCUUCGCUCCUGCACACCCCCAUCACGCUCAAGAACGAGAAGAAGCUGGCCCCAGAAAUUCUCGACUGGUUCUCCUUUGCGACUGAGAAGGCCGCCGAGGUCGCCACUUUGAAUGCUGCCCUCAAAGACCCCAACAGCGCCACCGCUAUCCUCGAGGUCAACCAGCGCUCCAUCAAGGCUCGUCGUGAUUUCGAGAAGAACUCCAACCCUGCUGUUCGUGAGAGGCUUGCAGCUGUGAAGGAAUCCGACUACAAGCGCAGCGAGCCCUUCUCCGUUCGCAGCGAGACCCAGCGCAAGCACCUCAACCUGCCCACCUUCCCCACCACCACCAUCGGAUCUUUCCCUCAGACCAAGGAGAUCCGCCAGUACCGUGCUCGCUUCACCAAGGGCGAGAUCACGCAAGCCGAGUACGAGAAGUUCCUCGAGGCUGAGAUUCAAGAUGUUGUCAAGCGUCAGGAGGAGAUUGGCAUCGACGUCCUCGUCCACGGAGAGCCCGAACGUAACGACAUGGUGCAAUACUUUGGAGAGCUCCUCGACGGUUUCGUCUUUACUCAGAACGCUUGGGUGCAAUCGUUCGGAUCUCGAUACGUCAGACCUCCCAUCAUUGUCUCCGACGUUUCCCGCCCUGCGCCCAUGACUGUGCGAUGGAGCAAGUACGCGCAGAGCCUCACCAAGCGACCCAUGAAGGGUAUGCUUACUGGACCCGUCACCAUCCUCAACUGGUCCUUCCCUCGUGCAGAUGUUACUCGAGAGCUGCAGGCCAAGCAGAUCGGUUUGGCUCUGCGUGACGAAGUCUCUGACCUCGAGAAGGCUGGUAUCUUUGCCAUCCAGGUCGACGAGCCUGCCAUUCGUGAAGGUCUGCCUCUGCGAAGCCAAGACCACACUGCCUACCUCAAGUGGGCCGUUGACAGCUUCAAGCUGGCCACCUCGUCCAUCAGCCCUUCCGUGCACAUUGCGAGCCACUUCUGCUACUCUGACUUUGCCAACAAGCAGAUCAUGCAGUCCAUUCUCGACCUCGACGCUGACAUGGUCUCGAUCGAGAACAGCAAAGCAGGCGCCAAGAUCCUCAAGACCUUUAGGGACUUCAAGUACACCCAAGACAUUGGCCCUGGUCUUUUCGACAUUCACAGUCCCCGCGUGCCCAGCGAGGAGGAGAUGUUCGCUCGUCUGAAGGACUUUACCGCUCACAUUGAGAAGGAGCGCAUUUGGGCGAACCCAGACUGUGGCCUCAAGACCCGUACUUGGGAGGAGUGCACUGCCCAGCUCAAGAACAUGGUCGCAGCUGCUGCCCGCGGUCGCAAGGAGCUCGCCUGAGCUUCAGCUGCGCUGGCCAAGAGCCAUUUCUCUCGUUCUUCUUGCUUUCUUUUGCUUUCUUCUCACGAAAUCAAGCCUCAACGGCUGGCAAGCUUCAACGGCUAGCCUUUUUCUUUUCGCCCGGCUGCGCUUCUCUUGAAGCCUCCGAUUUACUCUCACAAAAGUGCGCGAGCAUCCACGUGCACAUUCUCCCCGUUUUACAAGUUCUCGUCUUUUGACCGUGUCCCGUCAUUGACCUCUCCCCCCCUUUGUUUACGAUUCUCUUGGGGGGCCUUCACCAAAGCCCCCCCUCUCGCACUAGCUUUCCGUCGAAAAGGUCUCAACACAGCUGUUACGUUCCAUCCUGUCAUCGUACAACACUAUCACGCAUUCACGGCAUUCAACUUGCAAUCAAUUCAGAUCACCACGAUCAGGGGGUGAGAGAGGCACGGCUUGUCUUUCGCUACGCGAAGCAAUGAGACGGAAUCGAG